AUGAUGGUGGUUGCAACUGGGGGCUCAAAUAAUGGACUUCAGCAGCAACAACAACAACAUCAUCAGCAACAUCAUUCACAACAACAACAGCAGCAGCAACAACAACAACAAUUACUCGCUCAACAGCAACAACAUCAACAGCAGCACCAACCACAACAUCGUCAAAUUAUUACCUCCGCGCUAGCACAACAUCAACAACAAUUACAAAAUAACAAUACAACAAUAAUAGCAACAACACAACAACAACAACAACAGCAGCAAAACCAACAGCAACAACAACAGCAACAACAAACCACUAAUGGCUCAGCCGCAACAACACCGUCCAAUCUUGAAGCUUUUUCCAACAUUGCAACUGCAGCUCAAACACUCGAAUUAAGUUCAUUGAAUGCCGCCCAACUGGUAGGUGGCCACUUGACUUCCGAUGGCAAUUUUGUGACCAUGGGCGGUGUUGUUGUCGGUCGUAUACAUCCCGCUCCAGGUGCUGUGGGUAAUACACAUUUCCUUCAACAUCAAUUGCGGAUUCAUACGCCACAUUUGGGCGUUAUCAAAAUGGAACCGUCACCCAAUGCUAAUGAAUACAACAACAACAAUAAUGCAAAUAGCAACAAUAACAACAACAGCAACAAUAACUCAACGACGCACACAAACAAUGCGAACGAAGGAUGAGUCCCCGACUAUGAGACACUAUUGGAAUAUGUGCUCAAUGAUUGAAAAUUAAACGACGACGAGAGAAUAAACGGAAACGCAACUGGAAACAGAACAUAUGCAUGUGUACGUGUGUGUAAGCAAAAAAGUAGCCAUGUAAUUCUAUGAAAUUUUGACAUAGACUUUGUAAUUAAUUAACUAACUAAUUAUUAAUUUUUGGCUUAAAAUAGAUGUAGAGUAGUAGAAUAUUGUCAAAAAUGUCGAGAGAUUAAUGAUGUCUCACAGCGAAUGUUAAUAAAAUGAUAUUGUUUUCUUUGAAAUUAAAUACAAUUGAGGACAUUUAUUUUUAUCCUUGUUAUGAAAAACUCCUUAACAAUUUUAAUUCUCUAAGUAUUAAUUCUGAAAUUAAAUCAUUCGAUGUCUUUUAAAUUAAACACUUCUUCUACUACCCCGCACUGACAAAAAUUCCUAAAAAAUCAAAGUUUAAAAACUGAAUGCUCUUACACGAUCUGGAAAUUACUGCACUAUUUUCAUUGUGAAACAUUUUUAAUCAAUCUCACAUGUUGACGCUUUUGCAGAAUGUAUUUCUUAAAUUGUAUCUCUAUGCAAGAGUUAUUGCAAUUUUUUGCUUGAUAUUAAAAGCUUUUUAUGAACAUAAAAUAAUGUGUCAUAGCGGAAUACGUUGUUUUGUACACACUCUUAACAUUAGUUUUAAAUAUAAUUUUUUAUAAAUUUUGUUAUUAAUUUUUUAGAAAAUUCAUCUCCAUGAUGAUGUUAAUCUUUACUAAAGGUCUGUCUGUAUUUUAUGGUCAAGUAGAGAACUUUCUGAAUAUGGCAUAAGUUUUUGUAGAAACAAAUUACAAAUACAGAAAGCAAAAACGAUUUUCUUUCAAGAUGUUUUAUAAAAACCUUUUUCUUUCACAAAAUUAGAGCUUAUUAUCAUAACAAGUCAAAGAUUAAGUCUUGAAAUUAAAUGAUUAUGAAGUGCCAAUGAAUUGAAAAUGUUUCUUAAUUCAAUUAAAACAUGUCUGUGGCUUCAAUCUUAAAUUAAAAUUGUUAAAGAACAGAAAACUACAUCUACAUACAUCUAUUUUCAAACACUCGCAACACAUUAUUGUUUGGUAUGUCCUUUACAAAACUACUUUUUUGCACACAUAACCUACCAUGAUCAACUAAGGGAGGACUCAUCUUUAAGCCACAAAAAGAAAAAUCUCCGUAUAAAUGUAUGUACUUAUAAACUAAAAAGGAAAAAAAAAAACCUACAAAAAUUAACUAUUUUUAGAAUAUUAAAAAGAAAGGAGAAUUUAAACUAUUAUUGUUUUAAAUAUUGUUGUCACAAAAUCAAACUAAAAUUAAAAAAAUAAGAAAAAUAUUGUUAGUUGUUGUUAUAUGAUCAUCAGAAUAUUAUACAUAAAUGAAAAACGAAAUACUUGAUGUUUGUUGUUAAAGAAUAUACAAAAAUAAAAAAUAAAACUACUGAAACAUUGUUAAAAAUAGAAGCAGAGGAAACUAAAAAAGACAAUGGAUGUGUAAUUGUUAUUUUUUUCUGUUGCAUUGAAAUACUACAAGAAGUAAUGAUAAUGAAUAAUGAAAAACUGCUACUGUUUGUUAAUAAUACCCCCGGAAACCAGGCAACCAACCAUCUCCUCUAAUAAUAAAUUUAAUUUAAACAAAAUAUAAUUCAUAGAAAACUCAAUAAUUAUAAUUAUAACAUAAAUAAAUAUAAAAAUAAAACAAAAACA